UGAGAGCCAGCUCAUAGGAUCGGAGCAUGAAUUUUGUGACUGACAGGGCUGGACAGAGUAAAGACGGAGACCUAAUGGGCAGGCUGACCCGCACCGCGGCCUGGCUCGGGGGCGCGGGGGGCGAGGCCAGGAGGCCCGGUCUGGAGCGAAGCAGGCUGGGCCCGGGCAACUGAGGCUGGACUGAGGCUGUGGGCCGCGAACUGACACUCGGCUGGGCCGGGCAGGGGAGUCUCGGAUGUCGAACGGGUGGGCAGCGAUGGCCCGGCUGCCCUGGGGCAGGGGCCGAGGUUAGGAGGCCCGGCCUAAGGCCAGGCCAGGCCCAGGGCCACCGAACCUGACUGAUGGCCCCGGGGCUCCAGUAUCUGCCUGACACGCCACGGGGGUCGAGAUUCCGGAGGCCAAGCCGAUGGGCGGAGGGGAGGACAGCAGAUUGGAGAGCGAGGGAGUGGGGCAGGGGGAGAGGCCGAAAGGCUCCGGGCGCCGCGGCCUGUCUGACGGCCCAGGGCUGACGGGAGCGAACCGACAACCGGGGUCUCGGGUGCCAAACUGACUGAGCGACCGAGCGACCCGCAGGACCGGGAGCGCCGGAGGCCACUCGGAUCGGCUCGAGCGGCGAGGAAGGACCGGAGAGCGAGUGGAGGGGGGCCCGGAGCGGCUUAAACAAGCGAGGGAGGCUCGAAUGACGGACAGGCGGGAAGGGCCAAGGAGGCCCCAAGCGGGGCGACGGCCCGCGGAUCCCGGACUGCCGGGCUGCCGUGGCAGGGGGCGCGGCGCCGCCAACAGGCCUUGGGCUGAAUGGGAGUGAACGGGGGCCCCAGGCCUGAGGGCGGCCGGGACCAAAGGGCCGGGCCUGGAUGGAGGGCGGCCUGGGGCGCCGGGAUGAACGGCCGGGGAGGGCGAACUGGCCAGUUGGGCUGGGAGGCGGGGCUGUGGGUUGGGGACCGCCGGCCGCGGCCUGGCCGCUGACGAGGGAAACUUGGUUCCGACGUGGGGCGAGUGAAAGAGGGGAAACCCUCCCAGGCCCAAUACUUCAAAGCAUCCUACCUCUGCUCAAUAUAUAUUACUUGGAGAGGAUUGAGGAAACUGCCCUCAAGAAAGGCCUCUCAACUCAGGCCAUCUGGCGCCGACUCUGGGAUGAACUGAUGAAGACAAGGCCUUCCAGUUUGGAAAGUGUGACAUGUUGGCGAGCCAAGUUUAUGGAGGCCUUUUUUUCCCAUGUUCUGCGUGGGACCAUUGAUGUGUCUUCUGACAGGCGUCUUUGUGAUCAGCGGUUCUCGCCUCUUCUGCACAGCUCCCGCCAUGUCCGACAGCUCACCAUCUGUAACAUGCUGCAGGGUGCAACCGAGCUGGUGGCUGAGCCCAACCGCAGGGUUCUGGAGACCCUGGCCAGCUCCCUGCACACUCUCAAGUUCCGCCACCUGCUGUUCUCUGAUGUGGCUGCUCAGCAGUCACUUCGGCAGCUGUUGCAUCAGCUCAUUCACCAUGGGGCUGUCAGUCAAGUGUCACUAUACUCCUGGCCUGUGCCUGAGUCAGCCCUUUUCAUCCUUAUUCUCACCAUGAGUGCUGGCUUCUGGCAACCAGGGCCUGGUGGCCCACCCUGCCGCCUCUGUGGAGAGGCCUCCCGAGGCCGGGCCCCAUCCCGAGAUGAAGGGUCCCUCUUAUUGGGCUCACGUCGGCCCCGCCGGGAUGCUGCUGAGCGAUGUGCUGCAGCCCUGAUGGCCAGCCGGCGUAAGAGUGAAGCCAAGCAGAUGCCCAGAGCUGCACCUGCCGCUCGGGUAACACGCCGGAGCACACAGGAGAGCCUGACAGCAGGCGGAACAGACCUUAAGAGGGAGCUGCAUCCCCCAGCCACCUCCCAUGAGGCUCCUGGCACCAAGCGGUCACCUUCUGCUCCAGCAGCCACCUCCUCUGCCUCUUCUUCUACAUCCUCAUACAAACGGGCACCAGCUAGCUCAGCCCCACAGCCUAAGCCCCUAAAGCGUUUCAAGCGAGCUGCAGGGAAGAAGGGUGCUCGCACCCGUCAGGGGCCUGGUGCAGAGUCUGAAGACCUGUAUGACUUUGUUUUUAUUGUGGCUGGCGAGAAGGAGGAUGGUGAAGAGAUGGAGAUUGGGGAAGUGGCUUGUGGAGCUUUGGAUGGAUCAGAUCCCAGCUGCCUGGGGCUUCCAGCACUGGAAGCUUCACAAAGAUUCCGCAGCAUCUCCACCUUGGAGCUAUUCACAGUUCCACUCUCCACAGAGGCAGCCCUGACACUAUGCCACCUGCUGAGCUCCUGGGUGUCACUGGAGAGCCUCACACUCUCCUACAAUGGCCUGGGCUCUAACAUCUUCCGCCUGCUAGACAGCCUGCGGGCCCUGUCAGGCCAGGCUGGAUGUCGCCUCCGUGCCCUGCAUCUCAGUGACCUGUUCUCACCACUGCCCAUCCUGGAGCUGACACGUGCUAUUGUGCGAGCACUGCCCCUGCUACGGGUCCUCUCUAUUCGUGUUGACCACCCAAGCCAGCGGGACAACCCUGGUGUGCCAGGGAAUGCAGGGCCCCCUAGCCACAUAAUAGGCGAUGAGGAGAUACCAGAAAACUGCCUGGAGCAGUUGGAGAUGGGAUUUCCACGGGGAGCCCAGCCAGCCCCACUGCUGUGCUCCGUUCUGAAGGCCUCGGGUUCUCUGCAGCAGCUGUCCCUGGAUAGUGCCACCUUUGCCUCUCCCCAGGAUUUUGGGCUUGUUUUGCAAACACUCAAAGAGUACAACCUAGCCCUGAAAAGACUGAGCUUCCAUGACAUGAAUCUGGCUGACUGUCAGAGCGAGGUGCUCUUUUUGCUACAGAAUCUGACUCUGCAAGAGAUUACCUUCUCCUUCUGCCGUCUGUUUGAGAAGCGCCCAGCCCAAUUUCUGCCUGAGAUGGUUGCUGCUAUGAAGGGCAACUCCACACUGAAGGGCCUCCGGCUGCCAGGGAACCGCCUGGGGAAUGCUGGCCUGCUGGCCUUGGCAGAUGUUUUCUCAGAGGAUUCAUCCUCCUCUCUCUGUCAGCUGGACAUCAGUUCCAACUGCAUCAAGCCAGAUGGGCUUCUGGAGUUCGCCAAGCGGCUGGAGCGCUGGGGCCGUGGAGCCUUUGGUCACCUGCGCCUCUUCCAAAACUGGCUGGACCAGGAUGCAGUCACAGCCAGGGAAGCCAUCCGGCGGCUCCGGGCUACCUGCCAUGUGGUUAGCGACUCAUGGGACUCAUCCCAGGCCUUCGCAGAUUAUGUUAGCACCAUGUGAUGGGGCCCGUACCUCACAGUCUCAUGCUCGGUACCAUCAGCUUGCAGGGGCUGAAGCAUGGGCUGCCCAGAACCCCAACCACCAGUUCUAUCUUUCUCUUUCUGUCACCUUUUUUCUCUUUUUUCCUUUUUCCCUUGCACUGAGGUCCUGGAGGCCUUGAUGAGGCCCAGCAAAGAGGCAUUCUCACAGCUGGGCUUAUAGUCUUUGGGCCCCUUACUCAGUAUCCUGGGAACCCUGGGCCAGGUUACAGUGGUCAUUAUAAUUGCUGAAGAGAUCCCCUCCCCUGCGUUCCUGCCUUCCCUCCUCAAGCAGGCACCCAGGCUUUAGAGAAUAGGGGGCUUCUUCCCUGCUGGGCUUACCACACUGCUCUCAGGCCUCAAACCCUUUCAUACCUUUAUUCUUUUUUUUAACCAAAAAAGUUUUUCUUAUAAAAUAAAUUUUGGGCAAACAUCA